GUGCAGCGUAGCGUACCUUCUCUUGUCUUUUCCUAGACUGCGCAUUACGGAGUACCUAGAAAACGUCGCCGCACUAACGUCAAUUAUCUGAUGCUUGUUCCUUCGCUGCCAAAGCUUCGUACAAUAAAAUCGACAUUAUCUAUGGUGCUGCAUUGAGCAAAUAGAGGAACAGCUGACCUUUUCUGAUGCAAGCUAUCAUAAGCCGCUCCAAGAAUGGCAGUGUUAAAAGAAGAGAUGCAUCAUGUAAGUGAAAAUUUGUAAUGUGUAUUGUAUUACUCAUGUAAGUUACUAGCCUAUCGUUGCGAUUCAAGCAGCCGCAAUGCCCGAGCUUUACAGUUCGAUGCCUUCCAGUCCACAGAUCCAUGUGCAAUAUCUGGCCCCAGGUCAAGAACUCAUCACUCCAGAACAAUUCCACGCAUCAAAACCAGAGAGUAUCGGAAGUAUGCUGGCGAAAAUGUCACCAACGAUGGUAGUAAAAUGGGGGAACCAUGCUUCUCUUAUCGAAGCUAAGAACAUGCUGUAUGUGGCUGAAAGGACAUCAAUUCCCGUCCCAAAACUAUAUGCGGCAUACGCAUACGGACCGUUAGAUCGAGACCUCGAUGACUAUGGGAGUGUCUACGAUACAUAUAUAUUCAUGGAGUUCAUCGAAGGCGAAGAUCUAAGAAAGUCAUGGGGCAAGUACAGCGCUGCUGAGAAGCAAACAAUCUCGACGGAUCUCAAGAAGCACAUGACUGAGCUUCGAUCUCUUCCCCCAGCCAACUACAUUGGAUCAGUGGACGAAGGACCAGUCACUGAUCUUAUGUUAGAAUGGUCAACAUCUGCCCGAGGUCCGUUUAAAAGUCUAGAGGAAUUUAAUGCUACAAUCGUAGAAACCUUCAUUGCCAGAUCCAAAACCCAGGCCGGCCCGUACAUUCGUGGCAUGGUCGAUACACACACGCAUGGAAUUGUCUUUACUCAUGGAGAUCUCAGACCCGACAACAUCAUUGUCAAAGAUGGUCUCGUAGCAGCAAUCAUUGACUGGGAGCUGUCAGGAUGGUACCCGGAAUAUUGGGAGUUUGCCAAGGCAUUUUAUAUCGAAGCCUUUGCUGAUGACUGGGGUUCACAUUUACUUGGGGUGCUCACACCUUAUUAUUGUGAGCAGUUGAUACAUGCCAGAUUGAUGGAAGUACUAUGGUAGCUGAUGAUAUACCUACCGUGAAAGAUAGAAAGACUUAGAGUAAAUCCAAUGCGAUCCAUAAUCGCCUGGUUGAGGGCGGGUGGCACAAUUUCGGUUCAUCUUGGGGUAACAGUGCUUCUCCUACCACUCAUCUCUUCCAACUUGCGCAACAUACGUGUCUAAGCAUCAUGUAGGAGUUCGUCUUCUACAGUGAAUCAUGUACAGU